UGUACCGAAAUUGCACUAUGGCCCCUCGGAGAAUUCAUCUCUAACCGACCAGGCCCGCCAAAAAAAAAAAAAAAAAAAAAUAAGCAGGAGGAGAAUCGAGCAGAGGAAGAAGAAGAAGGAAGAAGAAGGAGAGAAUCGCUGUGCGUCUGCUUUUUGGCGUGUGAUUUCUCGGUCUUCAAGAAUCGUCGAGCGUUGGGGUGUUUGAAACGUCUGGAGAUGGCGAAGCUGGGGAAGAAGGCGAGGAAGUUCGCGAAGAAGAAUCUGCAGUCGGUGCUCAAGCGGAAGAGGCAGACGAACUCCAUGUUCAAGAAGAAAGCUUCUUCUAAGAGGAAGGAGCAGGAUGUGAAUGAAGACCAUGAGGGUGACAAGGUAGAUCUCUCGAGUGAAAGUAAGCCUGAGGUUCAAGACAUUGAGGACAUUGCACUGGAUGCAUUAUUAGGUGGAGAUUGCAGCGAUUUAGGUGAAGAUGACUCAGACAGUGAUGGCUAUCUUGAGGUUUCAACAAACGCCAUCCAAGCCAAUACAGAUGACGAGACUUACCUAGAAGAAGAUGGCGAUGUCACUGCUUUAUCUGUGCAGAACAAGGACAUUCAUUCAGAGCUUGUGGAAAAGAAAAAAAAGUUGGACAAGUUAAAGAAAAAGGAUCCAGGUUUCUGUAAAUUUUUGGAGAACAAUGAUAAGCAUGUCCACCAACUCAGUGAUGAAGAAAUGUUUUCUGAUGAUGAAGAGGCAAGUGGCGAUGACACUCAAACAGUUGGAGAAAGCUUAAACUCGAGUAAGCUCAAACUGUUGACUGCAUCUACCAUCAACGGUUGGUGUCAAGAAGCUACUGAGAUGCAGAAUGUAUCUGCUUUGACUAGCCUCUUAAAUUGUUACCGUGCUGCAUGUCACUAUGGAAGUGAAUCAACUGGGUUUUCUGAUGGCGCCACAAUCUACAAGAUUCAGAAUAACGAAGCUUAUUCCACUAUAUUGGCCUUCAUGCUCCGUGAAGCCGACAAAAUAUUUCGGAACUUACUUGGGAUAUCAUGCUCUAAUUGCAAGAAGGAAACUAUUUUGGAUAUGAAGAAGACAUCAAAAUGGAAAACUAUGAAGCCCCUGAUAAAAUCAUAUUUGCGGAGCACCCUGUUCCUCCUGAAUCAAGUUACAGACUCUAAGAUUUUGGUUUUCUCCUUAACACAACUCAGGGCUUCUAUUAUAUGUUUUGCUGGUUUUCCUUCUCUGCUGCAUCGACUGAUCAAGAUAUCGAUUCACUUAUGGGCAACCGGUGAUGAAAAUCUGUCAUCACAUGCCUUUCUUGUAGUACGUGAUGUGGCUUUUCUGUAUGGGAAUGAUUGGUUUGACAUCUGCCUGAUUAAAACAUACAAAGCCUUCAUAGGCCACUGCAAAUUUCUGGAGCCAGGAAUGUUUAAUCAUAUACAAUUCCUCCGGAAUAGCAUUGUUGAACUAUGCUCCAUGGACCUACAGAAAUCCUCUAGCAAAGCAUUGGGUUCUCUACAGCAACUUGCUAAAGUAGUGCAGUUGGCUCUAUUGACUAAGAAGAAGGAAGCAGUCAAGAAAAUAUGCAGUUGGCAGUUCGCUAAUUGCAUUGAUCUCUGGGUUGAAUUUGUAUCAUCAAACAUUUGUGAUUAUGACCUCCAGCCACUGCUUUAUAUGAUCAUUCAGAUUGUAAAUGGGGUGGCCCAUCUCUUUCUUGGACCAAGAUAUUUACCUUUGAGAAUUAAGUGCAUUCAGUGGUUAAAUCAUCUCUCUCGUUCCAGUGGAAUUUUCAUUCCUGUUGCAUCAUUUGCAUUGGACAUCUUGGAAUACAAGGUUGGCAAGGUGGGCAAAAUGCCUGGAAAGGACAUCAACUUUUCGACUUCUGUUAAAUUGCCAAAGCAUUGGUUAAAGUCUCAAAACUUCCAAGAACAGUGUGUUUCUUCGGCCAUUGAGUUGCUCUGCACACACUUCGAUCAGUGGAGCUACCACAUAUCCUUUCCUGAGCUGGCUACCGUACCACUCGUCUGUCUGAGGAAGUUCUGUGAGGCAACAACAAAUGAGAGUUUCCGGCGUGUGUUAAAACGUUUUAUUGACCAGGUGGAGCUGAAUAUUGAGUUUGUGCGAAAGAAAAGAGAUGAGGUAGCUUUUUCACCCAAAGAUCAACAGUCUGUUGAAUCAUUUCUUCAGCUGGAGAAGAGCAGUGGAAAUGCUUCUUUUAAACAGUACUAUGGAAGCAUCAUGCAAAAGGCGGUCUCACAGAACUUGUUUACCAGCGAAAAGUUUAGUUUGGAAGAGCAUAAAAAAUCAACUAGGAAGAAGGGACGGCUUGUCACCCGUAGGGAGGUUGCAAGGCCUAAUGGCCAAGAGAAUGGUGUAAGAAAUGGAAAUAUGGAGAAGAGAAGAAAGAAGAGAAAGACUUUGAACGGUGCUACUUUAGCUCAAUGACUGAUCGAGAAGGACUAGCAGUGGCUGCUGCCUGCCUGGCACUUGGUGCUCCGUGCUCGGUGUAAUUUUUGUCAGAGUAUUUUUUUUUUUUUUUUUUUUCUGAUUACUGAAAUUUCAUGUAAAGUUUUUAUAUUUCCCCUGCUCCCUCCCAAGUUAGGUCACCAUCCCUAAUCAAAGUUUCUGUGCCAGCCACUGCAGUAGCUCCUGAAUUGUAAAAUUUUGACAUAUGGCGAGGCUAGGAGAUUGUAUAAUUCUUUGCGGAAGUGAUAAUCAUGUUGAGAGUUGCAUGUCUUUUUGUCAAUAGGCCGGAGUGAUGUUGGGAUCGUUUGUUGUUGGAGAUUAGGCAGAUUAGCUCCUGCGAUAAUAUCACUCGAAUUCCUCUUUUCAAUAAGAUAUCACGACUUGUUCGUGAGAUAUUUCAUCUGUCAUGAGAGUGUGAUCUUAUUUCA